CCAAACAGGAUAUGACGCUGUCAUGGUGACACGCGCUGGACAUUUUUCUUUAUAUACUUCAUUUUGUUCAGUUGAUUUCAUUUCUUAGGCGUAAUGAGGUUUAAUCCAUGUGCACCAACACGUCGCUGAAAUAAGAAAUACCUAGUACCAUGGUAUAUUUUAAGUACAACAAACACGGAACGUUAUUCGGCGACUCCUCGGGAUUUUCGGUCUUAGGAUUCUGCCUCAACCUCAUUUCCCUGUCACUGAAUCUCAUUAGCUUUGCUACACCUUUUUGGUUCAAAGGCACUUCACCAAGCUUAACGGCGUAUACUUUUGGAUUGUGGCGACUGUGUAAAAAGUCUCCAGUCCUUACUGUUUGCGGAAGUAUCGAGGAUGAAAAGGAAUGGUUUAGGUGGAUUCAGGCAACGGCGUCCGUUGGUUUUGGAUCUCUCCUUUUGGUCUCUGUGAUACUGGGUUUCUAUAUUUUUAUGAUGGAAAAAAGAAACCGGAUAGUCCUCAUUAGCUGUGUGUGUUUAACCGUGACUGCCGCUGUGUUAAUUUUCAUCCCCAUUGUGGUAUUCGGUGCUACUAAGAUGGAGGACAUGCUAAACCUUGGAGACGUAGCUGUGUCGGAACACCUACACUUCUCGUACGUGUUGUCCGUCAUCAGUAUGGUCACGUGUUGUAUGGCCGCCAUGUCGCUUGUGUUUGACAUUAAUUGCAAUUAAACAUAUACCUCUGGAA